ACCUAACAUGAUUACAGCCUAGGGGCCAACAUGAAUCCCAGUGAGCAGUCCAAGCCACAAGCCCCUACCAACGCAACAAAAAGAAACACUCACAUCCUUGUGGGUGUGACUGGAAGUGUGGCUGCCUUAAAGUUGCCUCUUCUUGUAUCUGAGCUCCUAAAGAUACCUGCCCUGGAGGUGCAAGUGGUAACUACAGAGAAUGCAAAACACUUCUAUAACCCUGAAGAGAUUCCUGUGGCCCUCUACAGUGACACUGAUGAAUGGAAGCUGUGGAAAGGGCGCACAGAUCCUGUGCUACACAUUGACUUGAGGCGCUGGGCUGAUCUCAUGCUGGUGGCCCCUCUGGAUGCAAACACUUUGGCCAAAAUUGCCAACGGCCUCUGUGACAACUUACUGACCUGUGUCAUCCGUGCAUGGGAUCUGAGUAAGCCGCUCCUUUUCUGCCCUGCCAUGAACACUGCCAUGUGGGAGCACCCCAUCACGGCUCAGCAGGUGGAGCAGCUCAAGAGCUUUGGCUAUGUGGAGAUUCCUUGUAUCGUAAAGAAGCUGGUUUGUGGCGAUGAAGGUCGUGGUGCCAUGGCAGAAGUAUCGACCAUCGUGGAGAAAGUCAAGGCAGUUCUGUCCGAACGAGGCCUGUCUUAAGGAGAGCUGAUUUCCCCGGGCAGUGGCUUAUUACAGGUUCUUUUUGGGUAGCUUUGGGGCUGUGGUGAUGGAUGGACAGGGCAAACGGUAACUAGAUGGCUGGGUCUAGUUUGCACAGGCUGCUCUACCUCAGCCCAGCUGGGGACCUCUUCAAAGCGAAACUGAAUGGCCAGAGGGUCAAAAAGGGAGGCUCUGUACGCCUUUGAUGGAGCUGAAGAGGGGGUGGCAUGCCCCUGAACAAGCUGGUGGCCACUUUUCCAGUUUUUUGGGGUAGAAGAGAAGGAAGGCUCCAGCAGGGGGCGCUGUGUGCUCAUGUGAUCUGCCGCCAAGUCAAUUCAUAAGGUUUCCAAGGUAUGUGAGAUACUUUACCAGCUCAACCCCCACUGCUCCCCUUGAUUUUUCCUGGCUGAGUGAGAACUUGAACUCAUGUCUCUUGAGUCCUAGACUGACACUGUCUUCACUGCACCACACAGUCUGUAUCUACAAAGAGUCUCUUCCUUGAUGGGCACCAAUCUUCCUUCCUUUUAUUUGUAUCGGAGUGUUGCACAGUUCAAAAUCAUGGAGACACAUGGAAUGGAGGCAAAAUCAAAAAACAUUGCAAAUGUCAAGACAAACCAGUUUUCCCGAGAAGCGAUCAGAGCUUGAGAUGUGCACAGAAACGUUUCCUUGACCUUCAACCUUUGUCUAAGGGGGUCGGCAUCCAUGAUGUGGGUGAGUUCGGCGUGAUUCCAGUGUAACGCUUCAGGAAGGGGAGGGCUGGCAGCCCGCCAAUGGCCCUGGGGACGCCCAAGAGUCCUUGCUCUUCGGGGAGGCCCCCCGAUGAGAAAAACAGCUGUGUUGGCUCCUGCUGCUUUCCUCUUCCCGGGAUGGGACAUGUGUCGCUCUACAGAUGUCGGACUGCAGUGCCCAUCAAUCCCACCUAGCACGGCAAAGGGUACUGGGAAUUACAGCUAGCACACACUCCAUCCCUGCUGUUUGAGAUAAUGGUAUGGUGCACGGGUGAGUGGCUAGGACAAGCUCUUAAGUGUUGCCUUUGGCCUGGGGGGCGGGUAGGUGGGCGGGCAGGUGGGGUGUCUGCAGGGAAAGCUGCUAAAAGGGCCUCUUCCUAUCUCUACCCUUUGCACUUCCAUGCCCAGUGAUGCAAUGGGAACGUGGACAUCAGCAAACAAUCUGGGAGAGGUCUUCUUAGGUCUUGCUGCCAGUCAUGUGCUGUUUUUUUGGCAUGUUGCACAGAGUUGUGGGGGGUGGGAAGGCCUGUGGUCACUGUUCCUCUAGUGAAAAGAUCAAUCUUCUGAAAACACCCAGGAUUGAAGAUUAACAACUUGUUACGCAGGAAUUGGGGAAAAUGACCUCCAUGGUCGGGUUGGAUUACGGAAGGGAACCUGAACUUACCCCUCUCCCUUUGAUCUUUGCCUGUGGGCAACUCCCAGGGCUGGGUCAGUGGCCCUGCCACAUAAACACAACAGUACUGGCUCCUGUGCCCUGGAAUGCAUUUUUUUUUGAAACACAUGCACACUCAACAAAAAAAGCCCAGGUCCCAUACAAACAAGGAUGUCUGUACAAAAUGUUCAGAGGGAACAUAGCAAAACCUUUGAAGUGGUAAGCACAGGAGACACCGUGAAUCCUUUAUUGGUUUUCUACCAAUAGAGAGCUCCCUAGAUUCUUCUCAUCUCUUCUCCAUCAUCAUCACAGGGUGUGCUAUUGCAGCCCAUGGGGGGGGGGUGUUUGAGGACUGGGUGUGUUAAGGGUGCACUCUGACCCCCAUAGCACCUUAUCUCUCUGCAUUCAAGCGUUGGCUUUGCAGAGAGAGGAGCCCAGUAUCAGCCCUAAAGCAGAGCGGACAGAAGGUUCAGACUUACAUCUGUCCCACAUCGCUGCCCUGCUCACUUUCUGACCUGUACAGAGUUUUGGGAAUAACGCUUGACUGGAGCUAAAGUUAUUGUUACUUUCAAACUGAGUCAGAAUCUAUAGUGAAGGGUUAGAGGGACCAAUGGUCUGAUGCACCAGAAGGCAGAGUCCUGUGUUUUAAUUUUGCACUAAGCAAUUGACUGGUAUUAUUUGAAUAGGUGCCGUUCCAGCAUGACCACAUCACCUGAUCAGCCCCACCCUAGAGUUUAAAGACCGCUCCUUGUGUUUCACAUCAACAGGCCAACUCUGGAACUUCAACCUCCAAGCCCCACACCCUUUCCCUUCCUAUAGUCUUACUGUUUUGCUUUGUCACAUCCUGCUUGAGGAUCAGAUUGAGAGAGCAUGAAAGCUGUGGCCUUCCCUUCUGUGCUUCCUUCAGUUGGCCUAGUGUCGUGAUAUCGUUGUCAUGUGUCAUCAAGUCAGUUCUGAUUUUUGGGUGAUGCUUUUCAGAAUUUUCCACGUAGAGAAUGUGUGUAAAGCCCUCCACUGUUUGGGACAAAGCUCCUUGUUGGGGCGUCUCUCUCCAGUGUCAUCUUCCUGACCCAUGAGAUCCCCCCAGGCUGUGCUCCUCUUAUGUUGCCACGGUGAGGGAGGCCUGGACGUCAUCCACAAGAGGUCGGGCCUUCUUAGCUGCAGCACCAAUUCUGUGGCACCAACAUGCAAGUGGAGUCUGUGCAUGCCUCCCUCCCUGCUGACGUUUAGAAGGCAACUUAAAACACGUCUUUUCAGGGAGGCCUUCCAUAAGGACCCUGCCUGAUGAUAACGCCUCUGCUUUUGCUCUUAUCAAGUGCCCUGUACCAUGAUGGUUUUAUCCCUUUUUAAAACACAUUUAC